GUCCGAAUGUCCACGAAGUCGGCUGUAAGCGAGAUAAUCGAAGGAAGUGGGGCUGUUAGAGAACAUUAUAUCAGCGUCAAUAAUUCAACUUUGAUUCCACUUUUAUCAAACAAUUUCGAGGUGGGUCCGAAACGAGGCUCGGGCUUAUCAUCACCAACACUGUCGCCUCCGCGCCGUCCGCUCUUUAAUAUCAACAACGAUGAAGGAGCUGUCACAGGAACUUUCGACAAUCACGAACAGCUGUCUAGCGGAGACAAAGGUGAUGAGGGUGAGGUAUUUGGACGACCUUACAGUGGAACUGUAGAUAUGUCCUGGAUUAAGGAGCGGCCAGAAUUCACAUUCCGUUUCCCGCUAACAAAAGACUGGGGACCUCGGAUAACUGAGUCCUACAACAAGAUCAGGCAGAAGACAUCUUUGAACUUCAAGCAAAUAGAUCAGAUUGCGCUGCUCUCUGGUGUCCUGCAUUUUGACAAAGAGCAUGUUGGAUUCAAGACUGCUGAGAUCUCAGCUAUCACAAAGGAAGUUCUCCGUCGGUUUUAUACCAGCGAGCUGCAAGAGAAAGACGUAAAGCGGUCGGUAGAAGCAGCCGCACUAUGGAGCGCUUGGGUUCAGAAUUUGGGAUCAAUGAAUCUCUUGAGCUACCUAUCCAAGGACCUUGAAACCGCCGAGGAACCCGAGAUCAAUCUUAGGUCGGUCGUUGACAUGAUAAUGGGAUCCUAUUACACAUGCCAAGAAAAAGACAUAUUACCUGUUUUGUUUGUGGCUCUGUAUGUGUUUCGACACUACAAUACAUGGUGCGAGAUUGAAAGUGAAAGUGAUAUUAUGUCGUCCGUCAUCGUGCCGAUUUUACGUGAAUUUAUGAAUAUACCAGGCCAUAUCCAAUUCAAAUGGUAAUAUCAUCCUGAUUGUUUAGCCGUUUGCAUAUAGGAAGAUGGGAUGUUCUUUUGGUUUAAUUGUCGUUAUUCCUUUUAGCGGUCUUAACAGUGCAUCGACUGCGGGCGAGAACAGAAAAGCUGCUUUGGCUCAGGAUGGGCAAGCCAGGCAACCCGACAUUGUGGGUCGAACAGAGGGAAAACGUGAGGUAUAUUAUGGAGAAAUCAAGGGUA